AUGACUACCUCCGCCAGAUAUACACACAGGGCGGCAUUUCGGCCUACGUUGCCAGCGUUCUCGCUUGCGGACAAGACCGCAGUCAUCACGGGUGGCGCCAGAGGCCUAGGAUUAGCUAUGAGCCGAUCGCUUGUUCUAAGCGGUGCCAACCUCGCGAUUGUCGACAUUCACAAAGCGGAGGCUACUCAACGAGCCAUGGAGAUCACCCAAGAGUUCCGGCAAUUGCACUCGGGAAAGCCGGUCCCAAAGAUUACAACGCAUUACGCUGACGUUGGGAAGAAAUCCGAGGUCGAUCAGUCAAUUCGCGAGGUACUCGGCGCGCAUGACGAAAUUACGAACCUGGUUACCUGUGCCGGAUAUUGUCAGAACGUAGAAGCCAUCAAGAUGACAUCUGAAGAGAUAAAGACAAUGCUCGGCGUCAAUCUGGAAGGCACAUUCUACUGUGCCACUGAAAUUGCUAGAUACUUGAUGGCGCGCAACAAGCCCGGAAACAUGAUCUUCAUCGGAAGCAUCAGCGGCAGCAUCGUCAAUGUGCCGCAACCACAGGCUAUGUAUAACUCGAGUAAAGCAGCAGUUCGGCAUCUUGCGGCUAGUCUAGCCGUUGAAUGGGCGAGCAAUGGCAUUCGAGUGAACUGCUUGAGCCCCGGCUACAUGAUCACUGAGCAGGCCAUGAAGGCGCAGAUUCUUGUAGAUAACCCAGGCCUGAAGGCAGAAUGGGAGUCCAAGAUCCCACAGGGCCGUAUGGGCCCACCUGAAGAAUUGAUGGGUACGGUAGCAUUUUUGGCAUCGGAUGCCUCUAGUUACAUUACUGGACAAGAGAUUAAAGUGGAUGGAGGUUACACUGUGUGUUAA